CUGUUUUCGAGCGGGAAAUCUAACGUUCUAUGAGCGGGAAAAAUAAAAAGUUGUAAGUAGACUAGGUUAGAAGGUUGGGUUGUUAACGCAGAUUCGCACAGGCAAAUAGUUGCGAAUGUUGUGAUACGAGUAUUAUAACGACAAAUACUUUCUCUUCUCGUUCUACUAAUCUGUGGUAUUGACUAUUGAGAGCAAAAAUAUUUGCUAAUAUAACCGUAUAUAUAUACCAUACAAUGGAGAAUCUCAAUCCCGACGAUGUACUGAAAUUCCUGGAACUAGUGAACAAUCUGAAACAUCUCAGUCGUAGAGGAUGGGAUUUAUGCGAGGUAAAAGAUCAUGAACAAAUAGCAGGGCAUAUGUAUGCCAUGGGAAUGAUGACAUUCCUGUUGGGCAACCAAUCCCAACUAGAUAGAUUCAAGUGCCUGCAGCUGGCUCUUGUCCAUGACCUUGCCGAGUCCAUAGUUGGAGACAUAAUCCCUGCUGAUAACAUUCCCGAAGACAAGAAACACCAGAUGGAAGAUGAAGCAAUGAAGGAAUUGACUAGUUAUCUGGGUAGUGAAGUAGGAUCCUUGAUUUACAAUUUGUACAAAGAGUAUGAGGCCAAAGAAACUGCAGAAGCCAAGUUCAUUAAAGAUCUGGAUCGAUUUGACUUGGUAUUCACUGCUGCUCAAUAUGAAAAGAGAGAUAAGGUGAAGCUACAAGUGUUUUUUGAUAAUACUAGGGGUCAAUUUAAGAACCCCUUCAUUCAAAGACUGGUUAGCAGAAUUGAACAGAGGAGGUCUACUGAGAAUGCAAUUGGAAAUGGUGAAGACAAUGCUGAUACUGCCUAGUUACCUUUUUUUAUUUCAAUUAUAGUUCAUCAACACAUGAUGGACUGCUUAGUAAGAUUAACUUGUACCUGGUAAUCUCUGGUUUGACUAGCCAUACUUCAUACACUAUAAUUCAAAUAUGGUAGGUACAAAUAAUCAUAUCUUUUUAAGAAAAGUACCUAUCUAAUGUUUUUAAAAUAUGAACAUUUUAGUUUUGUUUAAAACUGUAUGAGUCCUGUUUAAUUACCAAAUGAAAUAUGAUUUCAAUGGUGCACAAAAAUAAGCCUGGCAGUCAAUGUGGAGUGUUGAACAGUUGUUUCUCUAUUAUUUUUUAUUACAAGACAACAUCUUGUUAUGUUAUAUCAAGUUAUAAGUAUGUAUUUUAUUUUUUUGUUUUAAUCUUAUUCUUUUUAUUUGUUUGGUAUAGCCACUAUUUCACCUAUUACAUAAUAGAGCAUUGAGUUGAACAUUAUUGUGUUGAUUUCAAAACAAUAUUCAGUUUUACUCAGUUCAGUCAGUUGAGAAAAAAAAUAUAUCUGAGAA